GCCGCUGAGGGGCGGCCGUGCCGCCAUGUGCUCCGGGGGGACGCUGAGCAUCCUGCGCAGCGACUCCUACGCUGACCUCAGCCAGUACCGGGACCAGCACUUCCGGGGGACGCGGUACGACCAGGAGCGGCUGCUGAGGAAGAGCUGCACGCUGUACGUGGGGAACCUCUCCUUCUACACCACGGAGGAGCAGAUCCACGAGCUCUUCGGCAAGAGCGGUGACAUCAAGAAGGUCAUCAUGGGGCUGGACAAAGUGAAGAAAACUGCCUGCGGCUUCUGCUUCGUGGAGUAUUAUGCAAGAGGAGAUGCUGAAAAUGCAAUGCGAUACAUCAAUGGAACCAGACUUGAUGAUAGGAUCAUAAGGACAGACUGGGAUGCAGGAUUUAAGGAGGGUAGACAGUAUGGUCGUGGAAGAUCAGGGGGCCAGGUCCGAGAUGAAUAUCGGCAAGACUAUGAUGCUGGACGAGGUGGCUAUGGCAAAACUGUUCAAUGCCAGUGAAUAGUGAAUGACUCAUCAGCCUCACAGGAGAACUAAAUCUGCAUUGUAAAUGUCACCAGGCACAAAGUAGGUCUGUUGCACACAAAUUGAUGUAGCUAGAAAUUCACAGAAACUACUGUCCGUGUUCCUGUGAUCACAUAAUAUCUCUUCCGUUUUAAUACCAGGAUCCAAAGCAUUGCAGAGUACAUUAAUACAAGGUCUUAAGCAAUAGUAUGCGUGAGGCUUUGGUCUCUAAAUGCUGCUGUAACUCUACGAAAAGGAGCAAAGGUUUAAUGGUAUGGUGCUUUUUUUCACUGGCAAAACUUGAUUAUUCUAUCACUGGAUUUUGUUUACAUUGGUAUCACAGGGUGGGGAGCGGCAAUAAAGGAGGAUUGGUGCAUGUUUCAGAGACAAAAGAAAAAGGCAAAGAGCCUGAAAAGGAAGUGGAAUUUCUAGGGAAAUUUUCCAAUUUCUAGGGAAGACUUAAAGUUGCAGAUUUUCUGGGGUUACUGGGUUAGCAUCCUUUUACACUGAUCCUGUUCCUAACAUGGCUACAUGAACAGCCACAAUAACACAAGUCAGACUGAUGACCCCCGGAAUCGUAAAGUGAGAAGCAAGCCUAGCAGAGCAGAAACCAGACCCUUGCAGUCUUCCACGAAGUAUAAUGUUAUUGCACGACAUUGCGUGAUUCAGAACCAUUUUGCUUUGUGGGAUACAGAGAACGGCAAGUGUAAGAAUUACAGUAGCAGUUAUUUUCACGGUUGGAGUAGUAGUCUUUUGCUCCUGUCUGCUAGCUCUCUACAGCCUUAGUACUUCAGGAGCAGUAUCUUUCCUGUGCAUACAAGGGUGGCAUGAAGCCAUGUUGUACAGUUACCCCCCAAAAUGGGAUGUUUGAGGAACUGUGUGUAUAAUGAGAAAGAAGAUCUAUUUUGAGAACAAACUAUUUGAGAAACUUGGUUUCAGACAAAAGAUUAGUUUUAGGAGGAGCCUUGCUUUCUACUGAGCAUGUGGUAAGAAUGGUGAAAGAAUUGCAGGACUGAAUAGAUUUCCCCCCCCC